CUUUUCUUCAUUAAAAAUAAACACCAAAAAAAGAUAGCAAUAAAGGUGUUCGAUCUCUCUUUUCACAGCAAAAAGCUCCCAGCAGAUGGAGAGAGGUUUCGACACUACUCGCAGAAGGGGAAACGCAUUCAGGCGUAUCUGUGCGCCGCCAUGACACCCGAAUUCCACUUCUACCUGAGUGACGAGUAUUGCUGGGAGCGAAAACACGCCGUCUGUCAGCAUGAUCCUCAUCAACAUGGAUUUCAUCAUGGCGGGGACGGGGAUCGUGGAGGUCACGGCGAGCAUCAUGGUAGUCAUUGGGGUCAUUAUGCUGGGCAUGUUGACCAUCCUGAUGGUUACCAUGGAUAUUUUGGGCGUCGUGGAAGUCCUCGAGAGUCAUCAUGGGCAUCAUGGAAGUCCCGAGAGUCAUCAUGGGCAUCAUGGAAGUCCCGAGAGUCAUCAUGGGCAUCAUGGAAGUCCCAGGAGUCAUCAUGGGCAUCAUGGAAGUCCCGAGAGUCAUCAUGGGCAUCAUGGAAGUCCCGAGAGUCUUUAUGGGCAUCAUGGAAGUCUCGAGAGUCAUCAUGGGCAUCAUGGAAGUCCCGAGAGUCUUUAUGGGCAUCAUGGAAGUCUCGAGAGUCAUCAUGGGCAUCAUUCUGGGCAUCAUGGAGUAUAUGAAGGGCAUUAUCAUGAGUAUUUCGGGUACCAUGGAGGGCAUCACGAAGAAUCCUCGGAAGGGUCCUCGGAGGAAUCCUCAAGUGAAACCUCAGGUGAAUCUUCGGAGGAAUCCUCGGAAGAAUCCUCGGAGGAAUCCCCAGAAGAAUCCUCAAGUGAAACCUCAGAAGAAUCCUCGGAGGAAUCCUCAAAAGAGGCCUCAAAAGAAUCCUCAGAAGAAUCCUCAGGGGAAUCCUCAGGGGAAUCCUCAGGGGAAGCCUCAGAAGAAGCCUCAGGGGAAUCCUCAGGGGAAUCCUGGCCUCCCUCCCCGCCCCCCCCUUCCUCCCCCUUCCCCGGCUCCCCUCCGACGGAAGAGGGAGGAUCGGGCGAACGAGGAUCCGGAAUGCGAGACGAUGUCUUUUUUGACGAGGAAGUUUAGCUUUUACUUCCUUUUCUCUCGUCGCUCUCUUCUGUUCCUCCUCUUUUAUCUACUUUUUUCUUCUUUUCGUUUUGACAGACCAUAAUUCUCUCUCUCUCUCUCUCUCUCUCUCUCUCUCUCUC